AUGGUAAUACAUAAUCCGAAACAAGCUUCUGGUUUGUCUCUUUCAACCCUCGUCUUCCCCGUUUGGCCUCCCAAAGGUCAUCUUCCACCUUCAACUGACAGGUGUUCUGCUUUGAAUGUCAUCAGACCACAUGUAUGGUUCUUGAAGUUGGAUUUUCCAUCGAAUUACUGUGCCAGGAAGGUCCUCUUGGAUUUGUAUCAGUGGGCGUUUUCUGGUUCCAAGGAGGGCGGAUGCGAGUCAGAACAUGAAUCUGUUUCAGCCUAUUCAGAUACGAACUUGAUUACAGGAUUUCAGCUUGAAGAUAUGAACCAAGAUUAUCAAUAUGUGAAUAUUCCCCUGACUUCAAAUGAUACAGUCCCUGCAGUUCACUCCACAAAUUUGUCGGAGAGCUAUAGUGGAGAAUCAGCAGAAAAAAAUGAUUUCUGCGAUUCUGUUCUCAAGUACAUAAACCAGGUAUUAAUGGAAGAUGACAUGGAAGACAAGCCCUCGAUGAUUCAGGACUCCACCCUUCAUGCUGCUGAGAAAUACUUGAAUGAAAUACUUAAUGAAAGAAAUCAUUCCUCGCCCAAUCUGGUGAUGCCCAAUGAGGAAACAAGUAGCUGCCAAUGUUGCAGCAGCAGCUCUGCUGAUGGUAAUACCCCGGCUGAAUCUGGUGUAAUUGGAUUUCCUCAUGUGCAUAGCCCUUGUGUUGACCUUGCAUUUCAAACUAAUUCACCUUCGUUCACCUCCUCAAGCUUCUCCUAUCACAGCAUUGCUGGUCUUGUGAAUGCACCUUCACAAGGUCAAUUUAGCUGGCAAUUCCAUGGGGAGAUAGAGCAAGCAAAGAACAUUAUACCGGGUGAAAGUGGUAUAACUUUUAAUCUUGAGAGCAGAUUAGCAUCACCUGUAACCAAGGAAAAGGUUUGGGAAAUGAAAACCAAGCCAAAAAAUGAUGAAGGUGACUGCCCAGAUAGUUUGCAGAGGGGAAGAAAAAAUCUUCACCGAGAGGAGAGUGCCUUAGAUGAAGGUAAAAGUAACAAGCAUUUGGCACUUGAUGUUGAAGAGUCUGUUUUACAUGAGCUGUUUGAUAAGGUAUUGUCCUUUGGUAAGUCAGGAUUACAGACUUCUGAUUCUAACCUGCCAAACGAGGCAGGCGGGAAGUGGCGGCAAAAUGAGCAACCAAAAGGAUAUGGUGAUGAAAUAACCUACACUAAGAAAGGUAUUAGCAAAAAGGAAGCACUUGAUAUGAGGAAACUCCUGAUACAGUGUAUGCAACCCGUGGCAAGCAAUGAUCAGAUGACAGCAAUUAAAUUACUGAAGCAGAUAAGGUUGCGUUCAUCUCCUCUGGGUGAUGCAUCCCAAAGGUUGGCCCAUUACUUUGCUAAUGGUCUUGAGGCACGCUUGACCGGUUCUAGGACCCCAAAACAUAAACUCUUUGCUGUCAAGGGCUUAGUGGAAUAUGAUGUUUGGAAAGCUUACAAGUUGUACGUUUCAGCAUUUCCUUUCAUGGGGAUGUCAUAUUUCGUUGCAACCCAAAUGAUCAUGGAAUUGGCUGAGAAAGCUACUUGUCUUCACAUUAUUCAUUUUGGUAUUAUUCAUGGCCUCCAAUGGCCCCCGCUUAUUCGGUGUUUAUCUGAAAGACCUGGUGGACCUCCCAAGCUUCGCAUAACGGCAAUAGACCUUCCCCAAAUUGGUUUCCGACCAGAUGCAAGGGUUAAGGAAACAGGACGGCGUUUGGCAACUUAUUGUGAGAAGAUGAAGGUUCCAUUUGAGUACAAUGGCUUCGGACAAAAAUGGGAAACUGUUAGUGUUGAGGAUCUCAGGAUUCAGAACGAUGAGGUGCUUGUUGUUAACAGUUUGAACCAGUUUCAGAACUUACUUGAUGACACUGUUACGGAGCGUAGUCCAAGGGAUGCAGUUUUAAACUUAAUCAGGAGGAUUAAUCCAGAUAUUUUCAUACAUGGAGUAGUUAAUGGCACCUAUAAUUCCCCAUUUUUUGUCUCACGGUUCCGCGAGUCUCUCUUCCAUUACUCUUCAUGGUUUGAUAUGUUGGAUGCUAAUGUGCCGCGUGAUAAUCAGGAGAGAGUAGCCCUUGAGAGGGACAUAUGGGGGCAGGAAAUUUUGAAUAUCAUAGCAUGUGAAGGAUUAGAUAGGGUUGAAAGGCCAGAAACAUACAAGCAGUGGGAGAUUCGGACACUCAGAGCUGGAUUCAGUCAGCUGCCUUUAAAUCAGGAGAUUGUUAAGGAAGCAAGGGCUAAGAUCAAAUCAUCCUUCCACAAGGACUUUUUUGUUGAUGAGGCCAACAACUGGAUAAUAUCUGGGUGGAAAGGGCGGACCUUCUUUGCCAUCUCGUCUUGGAAACCUGCCUAG